AUGACAUUGUAUGAACUGUUCUGGACCACUGUGUCCUAUCUCUGCAUGAUGAACCCAAGCCCCAAAGCCAUGAGCCAUACACUGGGCCAUGCAGUGUUGGCCGUCAGUGGCAUGGAUGUAAACGGCAAGUACACGGCUGGAAAGAAGCAAUGGAGUGUCUGGCUAACUGCGAAUUACCUGGUGUCCAUCCGGUUAGGCCGGCCCCGCUUUACCUCCAACGAGAAGCUUAUGCUGGCCUAUAUGUUCCACUCGCUCUUUGUCAUUGGCUCUCAGCUAUCUCUGGAAAAGGGCAGUUCAGGCAUUGAGAUGCUGGAAACAGACACAUUCAAAUUGCACUGCUUCCAAACACUGACGGAAAUGCCCAUCAGAUGUGAGCUAUUUGACCAGAACCUGAAGCUAGCUCUAGACAUGGCAGAGAAGGCUGGCACCUUUGGACCGGGGUCAUAG